CACCAAAAGAAGCGAAUGGGAAAAUUAUUGGUUAUAAUGUUUUCUACAACAGAAAUCCACAGGCUCCUUUAGAUCACUGGCAAAAAGUUGGUACACAAUUUGAAAGUGUCAAACUGGAAAAAUUGUUCACAUCUGAAACUUAUCAUAUUCGUGUGGGCGCCCAGAAUUCAGCUGGUGAUGGUCCUUUGACUGAUCCAUAUGAAGUAUUAGUCAAAUUUGGAAUUCCUUCUCAACCUCGUGAAUUUACCGGUUUAAGCUUUAAUCCAAAAGAGAUACAUCUUAAUUGGAUAGCACCUAAUUUACCUGGAAAGAUUAGUUUACAAGAUUAUUUAUUGAAAUAUCGUAUAGCUGUUGACAUGAAUAUCGAUAAAAGCAAACAUCAACAACAACUGAUGGAGGUCAAGUUGUCAGCUGAUUUAACUGAAUAUUUAAUGGAAAAUUUAAUUCCAAAUUCAACUUAUCACAUUUCUUUAGCUGCUCGUACAAAAUAUGGCACAGGGAUUGCAGCAGAAAUUAUGGUGCAAACCGAUAGUAAUGUUCCUGGACCACCCAUUCUACACGAACUAAGUAUUUUGGAUUCAUUCAGUAUACGUAUUCGUUGGUUGGCACCACAUGGAGUUUUAGAUCAUAUUAAUAUAUCACAAUAUUUAAGUCGAUUAAGUAAUACUUUGACAAGAGCUGAAAAUCCAUCUAAAGUUUUACAUUAUUUAGUUCAAUGGUCAGCAUUUCCAUUUACAGAUUGGGAACAAAAAAAAAUAUCCAUUAAUUAUUUAUAUCCUAUGCAACAAAUUUAUGAAUAUAUUAUUCACGGCCUUUUAUCACGUACUACAUAUCGUAUUAGAAUAACUGCUGUUGGAUCAGAAGGAAUGGGUCCUGCACUUGAAUUAGGACCAAUUAAAACUAAAGGCCAAGUUCCUUCUGCUCCACGCAAUUUACGUUUAAAUCAAUUACGAAGAGCUACUCCACCCGGUGCAAGUGAUCCAAAAGCAGAUUAUGCAAUAUUAGAACUAGCAUGGGAUCCACCUGAAAGAACACAUGGUGAUAUACGAGGUUAUCAAGUGUCACAUCGCCUAAUUGGACCAACCGAUGUAUUAUAUGCUAGUUCGAAUAGAGUAGAUACAGACGCGAAUUCACGACCUCCAUCAAAACCGAUUAUAAGAAAUGUCACUCAAACAGCAUACACCUCAGUCUUGUCAGAUGGAAUAAAAUUUGGACGUACUUAUCAAUUUGAAGUGGCUGCCUACAAUGGAGUUGAUCUUGGUCUACCAGCUCAAUUAAAUAUUAGUACACCUGAAGAUGUACCUGGAAGUUAUUCACUACAUGUACGUGUUAAAGGACUUUCGGCAACUGCUAUAGAAGUUGUAUGGACUCCACCUUCAAGACAAAAAUGGACUGAAGAAAUUACUAGCUACCAGGUUAAAUAUUUUCAACCAAGUGCACCAAAUGAAACUGAAAUUAUCACAACAACACAAGAACCAUUAUUACAAAUUGAAAAUCUUAAAGAGAGUACAUUCUAUACUGUUUUAGUAAGAGCAUUAACUAAAAAUGGACCAGGACCAUGGUCAGCAGCUAGUACAAUUCGUACUACAGCUGAAUUACCAGAACCUCCAUCACAAAUUAAUGGUUUACGUAUAAAUCCAAGACAAAUAAAAGUUACAUGGAAUACAAUGCCUGUUGGGCCUAUCACGAAACCCCAAAUACCAAUAACUGGAUUUCGUAUAUUUUAUUCAACAAACGAAAAUACACAGGAUUUGAAUACAUGGCAAAUUUUGGAUGUUGGUCCGGUUACAAUGGCCACACUUGACUUAUUAGAUCCACAAAAGGAUUAUGUUAUAAGAAUAAAAUCAAGAGGAGCUGAUCGGAGGCAUGGAAGAUUAAGUGAACCUAUUCAUGUUGGGAUAUACAAUCCACAUGAAAUUAAUGGAGCUAAUAAGGAUAUUAAUAACUUAGCCAAUUCUGGACCGGAAGAUUUAAAACGAAUCAGUCAUUUAUCAUGUACAUGGGUUCAAACUUUAGAGACAGCUAAACCUGGUGAGGCAAGUCUUAAAAUUUCAUGGAGACGUCCUCGUCAACUUGAAGGUCUUUACCAAUUUGAAAUUCAGCUACUUGGAUCUAAAACAUAUGCUGAUGAACGAAGUCAUCCGCAUCGAAUCCUGUAUGAACCACGUUCAGUGGAAGUUACAACGUCAAUGCUAGAUCAAUCUUCUAGCUCCAGUAUUAACACAAAUGGUGGGUACAUGUCAUCCACCUCAGAUUAUCCUCAGUAUGAAUUAGUUAUCGAUGAACUGGAAGCAAAUACGGUUUAUGAUGUACAAAUUAAGCCUAUUUAUUCACAACAUGAUCAAAGUGCGACCAUAGACAGUGCAACUCCAACAGGACGUACGAGUUGUCGAACACAAAUGCUUCCUCCACUAUUAGUUCCUCGACCGAUACCAGUUACAGUACAACCAGAGACAGGAAAAAUAAUUAUGCGAGUAUUUCGUGUCUCUGAAAGUCUUGGUCGUAUAAGAAGAUACUAUUUGAUUUUAUGUAAAGUUCUUACAACAGAUUCAUUAAAUUUAACUCCGAAAUCAAAAGAGUUUAAUUGGCCACAAAAACUUCAUGAUGCAUCACAAUCUUGGAAUCCAAAUAUAUUUAUUGCAGCUGAAUAUAGUCAAGAAGCAUUUGUUGGUUCAUAUGUUGAAAUUAUAUUAAAUAUGCCAACAACAGAAAUAAAGAAACGAUUUAAAAGAAAAACUUUUAAUAAGUCAAAUAGUGUUACUAAUCAAACUCAUCAAAUACAAAAUGAUAAAUUAAUACAUUCAGAGAAACUAAAUACUAAUUCAUUACCUGAAAUUUUAGUUUAUGGUAGGCAACUAAUAAGAAAUCAGAAAUAUAAAGCAUUUGUUUUAGCUUGCAUUUAUCCAAAUAUGCCACAAUUUGGUGGCAAUACAAAUACAAUUUCAACAGGUUCUAGUACAUCAUUGGAUUCUUAUCUAUAUAAUCGUGAACAAUCAGUAGAAGAUGAAGAGAAUCUUUCUAAAGAACUAUGUACACCAAGUUUAUGGUCAAUACAUUUUCAACCAGAUCAAGCGAUCACAUAUACAGAUCAACAAAUUGGUGAUAUGCAUGCUAGUGAAUCAAUUAUAAAAGAGAAUAGUGAGACAAGUGCAAUGAAAAUAUUCAAUACAAAUUCUAAAAGUGAAUUCUUUCCUAAAUUUGCUAAUAGUGCAGAUAUUUUCACUAUAACAUUAAUUAUAAUCAUUGCAACUCUUAGUAUAAUUGCUACAAUAUGUACUGCUAUUGGAUGUUUAAUGAGAAGACGUCGAACUAAACCUAUGGAUAAUGAUAUGUCAAUCACCUUAACACCAUCAGAUGGAAUGUUAAAAACUCCAUUAAUGCCUCAAUCAGUUCAGAAUUUUUCAGGUACCAACGGAGCUAUUGAACAUGAACCAACGGAUCCGGAUACACCAGACAAUCCUACACCAGUACAUACACCUAUACGUUCAGCAAUACCGAUAUUACGCUUACCAGAAUAUGUAGCUACACUUAAACGUGACAAUGGAAUAGGCAUAUCAGAAGAGUAUGAAAGUAUUGAAACACCAAACGACCUAACAUGGAAACAUGCUAAUAUGGAGGAGAACAGACCGAAAAAUCGUUAUGCGAAUAUCAUUGCAUAUGAUCAAUCACGUGUAGUUCUUAAUGAGAUCAGUCGUAUACCAGGUUCUGAUUAUAUUAAUGCUAAUUUUAUAGACGGAUAUCAGAAGAAAAGUGCGUAUAUUGCAACUCAGGGUCCAUUGCCAGGUACAUUUUAUGAUUUUUGGCGAAUGGUAUGGGAGCAAAACAGUCGCGUAAUUGUCAUGAUGACACAUUUAGAAGAGAGAGCACGUAUUAAAUGUGAUCAAUAUUGGCCGAAUAGAGGAAAAGAAGUAUUCACUUUACAACAACAGCAACAAUGCCAACAACAAGAGUAUAACAGUAAAGUAAAUUAUGAUAUUAAUUACACCACAGUGCCUACGUAUACUGUGAUCAUAAAAAGCGUACAAGAAUUUGCUUAUUACACAUUGCGUACAUUUAUUCUACAACGUAAUUAUGAAACUAAUCUACUGGAAACUGAUUCAGCUGCCUUCAAUCAACAUCAGAGUAUUAAUGAUUCUAAUAUGAAUAUUGAACAGCGAGAGAUUAAACAGUUUCAAUUCACAGCAUGGCCGGAUUAUGGUACACCCGAUUAUCCUCAACCAUUACUAUUGUUUAUACGACGUGUUAGUCAAGUACGUUCACAGUUAAUGCAUCAUCUACAACAAGAACGUUUAAUUAAUGAUGAGAAAGUUAAUUCAAGAGAAUUAAAAUUAUCACAAUCAAGUGAUAUUCAUAAUUCCAUGAAUUUAAACCUUUCCGAUGAAAUUGGACCUUUGAUUGUACAUUGCUCAGCUGGGGUUGGUCGUACAGGUGCAUUUAUCGUUAUCGAUUCUCAACUUGAACGACUUAAACAUGAAAAUUCAGUUGAUAUAUUUGGUGCCGUAUGCAGAAUGCGUGCACAAAGAAAUUUUAUGGUACAAACAGAAGAACAAUAUGCAUUUCUCUACGAUGUAUUUAUUGAAGCAGCUGAAGUACAUGGUACUGAAGUUACAGCUCAUGGUUUAUAUAAUCAUGUUGUGAAAUUACGUCAACCUGUACCAACAUGUAUUUUAGCUGGUUAUAAUUUAUUACCAAAUGGUUUACAAGAUAAUAAUCAUUUAACAUCAUCUAUAAAAAUUUCAAGUUUAGAAUUAGAAUUUAAAAGAUUAAAUCGUAAUUUAAUAAAUAAACGUCAAAUAACUACAGCCCUGACAUAUGAUAACAAAACAAAAAACCGUGAUUUAGACAUACUCCCCUAUGAAUCUAAUCGUGUUUGUUUAUCAUUAAUCCGCGGAGUAAAUGGAUCAGAUUAUAUUAAUGCUAGUUAUAUAGAUGGAUAUCGUAAGAGUCGGGCUUAUAUCGCUACACAAACACCUUUACCGCAUACAGUAGAUGAUUUUUGGAGAUUAAUAUGGGAAUGUAAUUCACCUAUAAUAGUUGCAUUUAGUGAUGCUCGAGAUAUGAAUUUAAUACCAACAGAUAUUAAUCAAUAUUGGCCAAGUGAUAGAUCGACAAGAUAUCAAAAUUUAAUGGUUGAACCUAUGGUUGAAUAUAAUAUGCCACAUUUUAUAUUACGUGAAUUUCGAUUAACUAAUACAACAGAUGGUCAAUCACGUACUUUAAGACAAUUUCAAUUGCAUGGAUGGCCACAUGAUAGUAUAGUACCUAAAUCUGCUGAAGCUAUUAUUGACUUAAUUGGACAAGUGCAUAAAACUCAAAUUCAAUUUGGACAAGACGGUCCUAUAACUGUGCAUUGCAAUACGGGAUCAGGAAGAACCGGUGUAUUUAUAUGUUUAAGUAUUUUAUUAGACAGAAUGAGAUCUGAAGGUAUGGUAGAUAUGUUUCUGAUUACACGAAUGUUACGUACACAACGAAUUAAUACUAUACAAACAUCUGAUCAAUAUGCAUUUUGUUAUGCAGCUACUCUUGAAUAUUUAGCUUCAUUCGAUCAUUAUAUGAGUUGAUUUCUUUUUUUUUUAAAUUUUAGUCACAGAAUAUAAGUACUCUUAUUUUCAACCCUUUUAUACUGAUAAAUUUCUUUACAAAUCCACUGUAAACAUACCUAAAUAUACAUAAUUUAAAAAAUGCAUUAUUCAUAUAAUCAAGAUUAUGAAUCAAUUAAACUUUAUUAUUAAUAAUAGAACGAAAUAGAGAAGCAAAAAUGCAUUUACUAAAUAAAAAUUAUAUAUAUAUAUACUACUGAAUAAAACUG